AUGGCGAUCCUGUCAGACGUCGCCACCGAGGUGCUUAUCCCGCUCGCCGCCGCCGUCGGCAUCGCCUUCGCCAUCGCGCAGUGGGUCCUCGUCUCGCGGGUCAAGCUGGCUCCGUCGUCCGGAAGCGACAAGGACGUUCUCGCCGACUCGCUGAUCGAGGAGGAAGAGGGGCUCAACGACCACAACGUGGUGGUGCGGUGCGCCGAGAUCCAGUGCGCCAUCGCCGAUGGCGCGACGUCGUUCCUCUUCACCGAGUACCGGUACGUGGGCGGCUUCAUGUGCGUCUUCGCCGCCGUCAUCUUCGUCUUCCUCGGCUCCGUCGACGGGUUCAGCACCCGGAGCCGCCCCUGCGCCUACAGCGAGGGCAAACAGUGCAAGCCGGCGCUGUUCAACGCCGUCUUCAGCACCGUCUCGUUCCUGCUCGGCGCCGCCACCUCCGUCGUGUCGGGGUUCCUCGGCAUGAAGGUUGCCACGUACGCCAACGCGCGCACCACGCUGGAGGCCAGGAAGGGCGUCGGCAGGGCCUUCGUCACCGCGUUCCGGUCGGGCGCCGUCAUGGGCUUCCUGCUCGCUUCCAGUGGCCUCCUCGUGCUCUACGUCGCCAUCAACCUGUUCCAGCUCUACUACGGCGAUGACUGGGAGGGGCUGUUCGAGUCCAUCACCGGCUACGGCCUCGGUGGGUCUUCCAUGGCGCUGUUUGGUAGGGUUGGUGGCGGCAUCUACACCAAGGCGGCCGACGUCGGCGCUGACCUUGUUGGCAAAGUCGAGAGGAACAUCCCUGAAGAUGAUCCCAGAAACCCUGCUGUGAUUGCUGACAACGUCGGGGACAACGUCGGCGACAUCGCCGGGAUGGGAUCGGAUCUCUUCGGCUCAUACGCCGAAUCCUCCUGCGCCGCCCUUGUCGUGGCAUCCAUCUCCUCGUUCGGUGUCAACCACGACUUCACCGGGAUGUGCUACCCGCUGCUGGUCAGCUCUGUCGGCAUCGUCGUCUGCCUCGUCACCACGCUCUUCGCAACCGACUUCUUCGAGAUCAAGGAUGUCAAACAGAUCGAGCCUGCGCUGAAGCAGCAGCUCAUCAUUUCGACGGCGCUGAUGACCGCCGGCAUCGUGCUCAUCACUUGGCUGGCACUCCCGGCUAAGUUCACAAUCUUCAAUUUCGGUGAACAGAAGGAAGUCAGCAGCUGGGGAUUGUUCUUAUGUGUUGCAAUCGGUCUCUGGGCUGGUUUGAUCAUCGGAUACGUCACAGAAUACUACACCAGCAAUGCAUACAGCCCUGUGCAGGAUGUGGCCGACGCCUGCAGAACCGGCGCGGCGACCAACGUCAUAUUCGGGCUUGCUCUGGGAUACAAGUCGGUGAUAAUCCCCAUCUUCGCCAUCGCCGUCGGCAUCUACGUCAGCUUCACCGUGGCCGCGAUGUACGGCAUCGCCGUGGCGGCUCUCGGCAUGCUGAGCACGAUCGCGACGGGCCUCUCCAUCGACGCGUACGGCCCCAUCAGCGACAACGCCGGCGGCAUCGCGGAGAUGGCAGGGAUGAGCCACAGGAUCCGCGAGCGGACCGACGCGCUCGACGCCGCCGGGAACACGACGGCCGCUAUCGGGAAGGGCUUCGCCAUCGGUUCCGCCGCGCUGGUGUCGCUGGCGCUGUUCGGCGCGUUCGUGAGCAGGGCGGGCGUGAAGGUGGUGGACGUGCUGUCCCCGAAGGUGAUCAUCGGGCUGGUGUCGGGCGCGAUGCUCCCGUACUGGUUCUCGGCGAUGACGAUGAAGAGCGUGGGGCGCGCCGCGCUGGAGAUGGUGGAGGAGGUGCGGCGGCAGUUCGCCACCAUCCCGGGGCUGAUGGAGGGUACCGGGAAACCCGACUACGCCCGGUGCGUGAAGAUCUCGACGGACGCGUCGAUCCGGCAGAUGGUCCCGCCGGGCGCGCUGGUGAUGCUGACGCCGCUGGUGGUGGGCACGCUGCUGGGCGUGCACACGCUGGCCGGGGUGCUCGCCGGCGCGCUGGUGUCGGGGGUGCAGGUGGCCAUCUCCGCCUCCAACACGGGCGGCGCGUGGGACAACGCCAAGAAGUACAUCGAGGCCGGGGCCAGCGAGCACGCCCGGUCGCUGGGGCCUAAGGGAUCCGACUGCCACAAGGCCGCCGUCAUCGGGGACACCAUCGGAGACCCGCUCAAGGACACGUCGGGACCCUCGCUCAACAUCCUCAUCAAGCUCAUGGCUGUCGAGUCCCUCGUCUUCGCGCCAUUCUUCGCCACCCACGGUGGCAUCCUCUUCAAGCUCUUCUAG